CCGAGGAAGCCGAGGCCUUUCAGAGUGAAAAAAAUAAAAUGGAGGCAGAUGUGAUCACAGAUCUUCGCUGCAAACUUAAAAAGGCAGAAGAAGAGCAAGUAAAAGCUGCCCAGUAUGGCUUGCAACUAUUGGAGAGUCAAAGUGAAUUGCAGAAUCAACUGGAUAAAUGUCGUGAUGAGAUGAUGACCAUGACUGAGAACUAUGAACAAGAAAAAUAUACACUUCAGAGAGAAGUUGAACUCAAAAAUAGAAUGUUAGAAAGUUUGAGCUCUGAAUGUGAAGCUAUUAAACAACAACAGAAAAUACACCUGGAGAAAUGGGAAGAACAACUGAACAGAAGUCAUGAACAGGAAGUGAAUGAAUUGAAAAAUAAGCUAGAAAAUUUGAAGGCAGAAUUAGAUGAAGCUAGGCUUAGUGAAAGUCAACUGAAGGAAAAACUAAGUCAUCAGCAGGAGCUUCUCUGUUGUAAAUCAGAGGAAUUGCGGAAAAUGUCUGACCGUGCACAUGAAAGCUUGUCUUCUGAGGUGCUGGCUCUUCAAAUUGAGCUGACUGAAGCAGAAAAUACAAAGGCCACUCUCCAAGAAGAAUUGAAUGAACUACAGUGCAGACAAGCACAACAGGAACUUCUUACUAAGAAUUUAAUGCGCCAGGUAAACCGCCUUAAGGAAGAAAAAGAAGAAAGAGAGAAAGAAGCUGUUUCUUACUGUAAUGCUUUAGAGAAAGCUCGUGAAACAAAUCAAGAUCUUCAAGUGCAAUUAGACCAGGCACUUCAGCAAACCUUGCACCCCAAUAGUAAAGGAAACUCUCUAUUUGCUGAGGUGGAAGAUCGAAGGGCGGCAAUGGAACGUCAGUUAAUCAGUAUGAAAGUCAAGUAUCAGUCACUGAAGAAACAAAAUGCAUUUAACAGAGAACAGAUGCAAAGAAUGAAGUUACAAAUUGCCACAUUACUACAAAUGAAAGGAUCUCACACUGAAAUUGAUCAACAAGAAAGGUUGCUGGCCAUGUUGGAGCAGAAGAAUGGUGAAAUUAAACAUCUAUUAGGUGAAAUUGAAAAUCUAGAAAAAUUUAAGAGUUUAUAUGAAAGUAUGGAAUCGAAACCUUCAUCCAGUUCUGGGGUUGUGGAAGAUAAUACUUAUUACACAGACUUGCUUCAAAUAAAGCUUGACAACUUAAACAAAGAAAAUGAAAGUACCAAAGGUGAAUUGUCUAUACAGCGCAUGAAAGCAUUAUUUGAGAGCCAACGAGCUCUGGAUAUUGAGCGAAAACUGUUUGUGAAUGAAAGAUGCCUCCAAGUUUCCCAAAGUGAAAAUAUGAAACUUAGAGCUACACUAGAUGAGUUAAAACUGAAGUAUGAACUUGAAGAGAAAAAUGAAGUUCCAGUACUCAAAAAAAGGCGUGAAGUACUGCCUGUUGAUGUCCCUACCCCUGACAGUGAAAGUGCCAAUAGUGCUGUUGGGGGAGAAGGAUGUAGCAGGCCUUUAGCUAAGGAGGAGGCAGAACUGUGUCCUGAUAAUUCAGAAAAUAACAACUCGCUACUUAAAAAUGCCACUUCUGUAAACACGCCAGGAGUCAGUCUUUUUCUUCACAAAAGUUUGCCCAGGGAUGUUCCGCCGGUGAAGGAAAAGAAAAGUGUGAAACUCGUAGGCAUUGCAGCAGACUCGGAAGCCUUAAGUGAGAGAAGUGGAAACACUCCUGACUCCUCCAGGUUAGCUGAUGAAUCAAGUCUUCAAACAGAAGUUAAAGAAGAAAAAGAAGCUUCAAGCAAAUUGGAGAAGGAGAGUCGUAAGAAAUCACACCCUAUUUUAUAUGUUUCUUCCAAAUCAACUCCUGAGACCCAGUGCCCUCAACAGUAGGGUUACUCCUUUAGUAAGAGUAAGGUACCAUUUGCCCAUCAGUUUGCUUGGGCACUUAAGAUUAAUCUAAAAGGGUUCGGUAACCUUAGAGACUAUUUCUUUCUUAUUUACUGUGCCAACACCUGAAAUUUUUGUAUUCUUUUGUCAACAUUUGGUUAAUUCUGACAAGGAGAAUUCCUGGAGUGAUGAGAUUUCAUGAAUAACAUCUUAACUGAAGGAAAAAUAUCAGAGAUAUGUUGUUAUAUAUGGAUUUUUAAUGAUAUCAACAGUUAUCUUUAAAAUCAUAUUUGAAGAGAAUACUGAAAUAAUUGGCUAUGUAUUCUGUGAAUUUAGAUUUUCACUAUAGAGAAAUUGAGCUUUAAAAAUAGAUAUUAUACCUGGAUUUUGUCUCUUUAAAGCAACUAUAUCUUUGUACUUUUGUAUGAUACAAAUAUGUCUGAGCAUAUAAAGUUAUUUUGAAAUUUAA